AUGUCCGAAAUAAGUUCGUGUAAUGAUAUAACAUGUGAUGACUUAAUCAAAGAUUUGCAUGAAUGUCAUUCUUGUUUACGUCUUGUUUGUUUGAAUCAUUUAAUUGAACAUAUUGAAAUAACAAAACAAAAUAAACGACGAUUAGAUAGUGUUCCUAAUGAAAUAAAUACAGAAAUGAUGGUGAAAGUUGAGCCACCAUCAUCAUCAGAAAUUAAAGAUCGUUCUUCUGCUUGCAAAUGUAAUAAGGAAAACAUAAAUUCAAAUGAUUAA